AUGGUUAACGAAUUUCUUAACUAUGCAACUUUUCCAUAUUUCAUCACAUUGUUUGUGAGUUUUCUCAUCGAGUUUUCGCUGAAGAAUCGCUAUUUGAAGGUCUUUCCGUUAUUAAUCUGUUUUUGCCAUAAAAAGAAGGAUAAAAAGACGCCGGAAGUGGUCAAGCUAUCCGGCGAGGAUGAAACGCAGGUGGACCACGUCGGACAGCUUGCCGACGAUUUUUUGGCCAACGUGCACUUAUUGACGCCUACCCUUCCCGGCGGUUGCACUGAUGACAAUGCAGCAAAAGAGGCGAUGAUGCGACAUCGAACGAAUCAAUAUUUUCCGCAACUAGAAAUCCAGAAAGAAAUGAUUCUCAACAAAACGACAAGUAGCGAAUUGCACGCGCUUCUCGACAAACUUCCACCACAUCCGCCGCAGCGAUUCCGCGCGAAAAUCGAUAAAAACAUUGAGAAAAUUGCGAGGGAACGCGAGGAAAAAUAUAAAAACUUACACGUUUCUUGGCACAAUGUCGGGCUCGUUUAUAUAGUUCGCGGUAGUGAUCCGGCACGUGCGAAAGACGAUGGCGUUUCGGACACCAUCGACUCGCCGUCGGGCAAAGAAAACGACGCGGCCAACGAUGGAAACGGCGAAAAUUUGAACUCGGAAAUUCCGAUGACCGGUCAGACGCCGGCCCGAACGCCGGCGAAAGAAAAAACGGAAUCGAUGAAGAAAAAAGAUGCGAAAGCGACUAAGAGCAAAAAGAAGAUUGAGCGAACCGCGACGGCGACCACGUUUGAUAAAGAGGAUACGAAGGAGAAGGAGAAGGAGAAGGACGAGAAGGAGAAGGAGAAGGAGGAGAAGCGGAAUCGGAAGCGAAACAAAGAAAUGCAAAAGCCCACAGUCAGCCAACAUACGACACAAGAAGAGGAGCCAUCGAACCACAAGGACAAAGAUGGUCCGACACCGCUGGCGUCAAAAACGCCGGCAAGCAACAAGGUGUCUCGACACGACGAGCCCGAGCCUCUCGUCGCUUCAACAGCACUUAAUCUUCCUAAUUAG